AUGUCCUUUGAAGAUUCAGCAAAGAAUACCUACGAUCACCAUGAAGGAGAUCAAGAAAUCGGAACAGCCUCGCCUCGCAAAAGGACGAGUGGCAUGGCCGAGCUGCUGGCCGAGAGACGAAUCCUGGGCUGGUGCCUUCUGAUUUUUAUCUUACCGAUUAACUUCGGUUACGAGAUCGCUCUUGUCGGCAACAUCCUUGCCAUUCCGUCCUUUCUCGAGCGUUUCGGCCAAGACACGCCCAAUGGCCGCGAGAUCCCUUCGCAGACUCAACAGAUUCUCAACUCAGCCACUUAUGGGGGCAUCUUCCUGGCAGCCUUCACUGCAGGCUUUGUCUCCGACAUUUUUGGCCGCCGGAAGGUAGUCAUCACAGCCUGUUUGAUAUGCAUUGCCGGGAUCUUUGUUCAGGCGUUUGCAAAGACCAUCCUGGUGAUCUUCGGGGGAAAGCUGAUCAGCACUAUGGGAUUUGGCCUUGGUCACUCCCUGGCCCCUGUCUUUGUGGCUGAGAUAUCCCCCGACAGUAUUCGAGGAAUUAGUCUGAUUCUGAUCAACACCAUGAUUGUGCUCGGACAGUGGUCGUGCGCCCUUGUCGGCUAUGGUGGCUCAUUCAUCAGCAACGACUGGGGAUGGCGUAUGCCGAUUCUCACCCAACUGGUGCCCCCAGUCUCGAUGUUUAUUCUCGGGUCCUUGCUCCUGCCCGAGUCCCCAUCGUGGCUUCUCAUGAAGGGACGGCAUGAGGAAGCGGUCCAAUCUCUACGAAAGUUCCGAGGACCGGAGGCGGAUGUCGAGACUGCCAUUGCUCAGAUGGAGGUUGCUAUUGAAAAAGAAAAGCAGGUCCAGGAGCAGGGAUCUUCUUACAUAGAGUGCUUCCAGGGCACUAAUCGACGCCGGACUAUCAUCGUGCUCAUGGUAUAUGUGUCUCAACAGUUGAUUGGAUCCAACUUCAUCACCUCAUAUCUUCCCUACUUCUUUACCAUUGCUGGAGUCCACGAUGCGGUCGCGGUUGCCCAGGGCGCCUACGCCAUCCAGCUCGUUGGAAACAUCAUGUCCUGGUUCCUUGUUGAAAGGCUCGGCCGGCGACCUCUGAUCACCUACGGCGCGAUGAUCUUGACGGCCCUUCUUGCAGUGAUUGGCGGUAUCGGCACUCUACCCACGAGUAACAAAUCAGCGCAGACGGGAAUUGUUGCUUUGAUGGCCAUUUGGGGAUUCGGGUACCAAUUGACCAUCGGCGCCGUGGCAUUCGCAAUCGGAGGCGAGACUCCCACGCUUCGCCUCCGACAGAAGACCUAUUCUCUCAACGUCAUGGCUAAUACUGCCUUCGGAACAUUGACGGGCAUGGUCCUUCCCAUCUUGAUUAACCCCGGACAGGCGAAUCUGGGAGGCAAAGUGGCUUUCAUCUUCUUUGCUCCGUCGGUAUUCUUCUGUGUCUAUUUCUUCUUUUGUUUGCCCGAGAUGAAGGGCCGCAGUUACUUGGAGCUGGAAGAACUGUUCCAAAGGAAGGUCCCUGCUCGCAAGUUCAAGGAAUAUCCCACCGAGGAGCUUAUUCCUGAGGAUAUCAACGAAAUGAAGCCCACAAAGGAGUGA